UUAGCGCGAGGGAGGUGGGGUGUCCUAGGGAGGAGGACGAGGAGGAAGCACCAUGACGUCCAUCCAUUUCGUCGUUCACCCGCUGCCGGGCACCGAGGACCAGCUCAAUGACAGGUUACGGGAAGUGUCAGAGAAACUGAACAAAUAUAAUUUAAACAGUCACCCUCCAUUGAAUGUAUUGGAACAGGCUACUAUUAAACAGUGUGUGGUGGGACCAAAUCAUGCUGCAUUUCUUCUUGAGGAUGGCAGAGUCUGCAGGAUUGGUUUUUCAGUGCAGCCAGACAGAUUGGAAUUGGGUAAACCUGAUAAUAAUGAUGGUUCAAAGUUGAGCAGUGGCUCAGGGGCAGGAAGGACAUCCAGGCCAGGCAGGACUAGUGACUCCCCAUGGUUUCUGUCUGGUUCUGAAACUCUGGGCAGACUGGCAGGCAACACCCUUGGAAGUCGCUGGAGUUCAGGAGUGGGUGGAAGUGGAGGAGGAUCUUCUGGCAGGUCAUCUGCUGGAGCUCGAGAUUCACGAAGACAGACCAGAGUUAUUCGGACAGGACGAGAUCGAGGGUCUGGCCUAUUAGGCAGUCAGCCCCAGCCUGUUAUUCCUGCAUCUGUCAUUCCAGAAGAACUCAUUUCACAGGCUCAAGUUGUUUUACAGGGGAAGUCUAGAAGUGUUAUUAUUCGGGAACUUCAGCGAACAAAUCUUGAUGUAAACCUUGCUGUAAAUAAUUUGCUCAGCCGUGAUGAUGAAGAUGGAGAUGAUGGGGAUGACACUGCAAGUGAAUCUUAUUUACCUGGAGAGGAUCUUAUGUCUCUUCUUGAUGCUGAUAUUCAUUCUGCACACCCAAGUGUUAUUAUUGAUGCUGAUGCUAUGUUUUCAGAAGACAUUAGCUACUUUGGUUAUCCUUCCUUUCGUCGUUCAUCACUUUCCAGGCUAGGCUCAUCUCGAGAGAGAGACUCUGAGCUGUUGCGUGAACGUGAAUCCGUUUUACGUUUGCGUGAGCGAAGGUGGCUUGAUGGAGCCUCAUUUGAUAAUGAAAGAGGCUCUACAAGCAAGGAAGGAGAACCAAAUUUGGAUAAGAAGAAUACACCUGUGCAAAGCCCAGUAUCUCUAGGAGAAGAUUUGCAGUGGUGGCCAGAUAAGGAUGGAACAAAAUUUACAUCUAUUGGAGCUUUGUAUUCUGAGCUUUUAGCAGUUAGCAAUAAAGGGGAACUCUAUCAGUGGAAAUGGAGUGAAUCAGAGCCUUAUAGGAAUGCACAGAAUCCUUCAUUACAUCAUCCACGAGCAACAUUUUUGGGGUUAACCAAUGAAAAGAUAGUCCUCCUUUCUGCAAAUAGUAUCAGAGCAACUGUAGCUACAGACAAUAACAAGGUUGCUACAUGGGUGGAUGAAACUUUAAGUUCUGUUGCUUCUAAGCUAGAGCAUACUGCACAAACUUACUCAGAGCUUCAGGGAGAACGGAUAGUUUCAUUACAUUGUUGUGCUCUUUACACCUGUGCUCAACUAGAGAAUAAUCUGUAUUGGUGGGGUGUAGUCCCAUUUAGUCAGAGGAAAAAGAUGUUAGAAAAAGCAAGGGCAAAAAAUAAAAAGCCCAAGUCCAGUGCUGGUAUCUCCUCAAUGCCUAAUAUCACAGUCGGCACCCAGGUGUGCUUAAGAAAUAAUCCUCUCUAUCAUGCUGGAGCAGUUGCCUUUUCAAUUAGUGCUGGAAUUCCUAAAGUUGGUGUAUUAAUGGAGUCAGUUUGGAAUAUGAAUGACAGCUGUAGAUUCCAGCUUCGGUCACCUGAAAGCUUGAAAAACAUGGAGAAAGCUAGCAAAACUACUGAAACUAAACCUGAAAGUAAACAGGAGCCUGUGAAAACUGAAAUGGGUCCCCCGCCCUCUCCAGCUUCCACAUGUAGUGAUGCCUCUUCAAUUGCAAGCAGUGCAUCAAUGCCAUAUAAACGACGAAGGUCUACUCCUGCUCCAAAGGAAGAGGAGAAGGUGAAUGAAGAACAGUGGUCUCUUAGGGAGGUGGUGUUCGUAGAAGAUGUGAAGAAUGUUCCUGUUGGCAAGGUACUAAAAGUAGAUGGUGCCUAUGUUGCUGUGAAAUUUCCAGGCACUUCCAGUAAUACAAAUUGUCAGAGCAGCUCUAGUUCAGAUCCUGAUCCAUCUUCUCUUCUUCAAGAUUGUAGGCUUCUAAGAAUUGAUGAAUUACAGGUGGUCAAAACUGGUGGUACACCCAAGGUUCCCGAUUGUUUCCAAAGAACCCCUAAGAAGUUGUGUAUUCCUGAAAAGACAGAAAUUUUAGCAGUGAAUGUAGAUUCAAAAGGUGUGCACGCUGUUUUAAAGACUGGGAAUUGGGUGCGAUACUGUAUCUUUGACCUCGCUACAGGAAAAGCAGAACAAGAAAACAAUUUUCCUACUAGCAGUAUUGCCUUCCUGGGUCAGAAUGAGAGAAAUGUUGCUAUUUUCACAGCUGGACAGGAAUCACCCAUUAUUCUUAGAGAUGGGAAUGGUACGAUCUAUCCUAUGGCAAAAGAUUGUAUGGGAGGAAUAAGGGAUCCUGACUGGCUUGAUCUUCCACCUAUCAGUAGUCUUGGAAUGGGGGUGCAUUCUUUAACAAAUCUUCCUGCUAAUUCAACCAUCAAAAAGAAAGCUGCUAUUAUCAUCAUGGCUGUAGAGAAACAAACCUUAAUGCAGCAUAUUCUCCGAUGUGACUAUGAGGCCUGUCGACAGUAUCUUUUGAAUCUUGAGCAAGCAGUUGUUUUGGAUCAGAAUCCACAAAUCCUGCAGACAUUCCUCAGUCAUAGAUGUGAUGGAAAUCGUAAUAUUUUGCAUGCUUGUGUAUCUGUAUGCUUUCCAACCAGCAACAAAGAAACCAAGGAAGAAGAAGAAGCAGAGCGCUCUGAAAGAAAUACAUUUGCAGAAAGACUUUCAGCAGUUGAGGCUAUUGCAAAUGCCAUAUCUGUGGUUUCAAGUAAUGGCCCAGGUAAUCGGACUGGAUCAUCAAGUAGUCGAAGUAUGAGACUAAGGGAAAUGAUGAGGCGUUCCUUGAGAGCAGCGGGUUUGGGUAGACAUGAAGCUGGAGCUUCAUCUAGUGACCAUCAAGAUCCAGUUUCUCCCCCAAUAGCUCCGCCCAGUUGGGUUCCUGAUCCACCUGCCAUGGAUCCUGAUGGUGACAUUGAUUUUAUCCUGGCCCCCGCUGUGGGAUCUCUUACCACAGCAGCGACUGGCACUGGUCAAGGACCAAGCACCUCCACCAUCCCAGGUCCUUCCACAGAGCCAUCUGUAGUAGAGUCAAAGGAUAGAAAAGCAAAUGCUCACUUUAUACUAAAAUUGUUAUGUGACAGUGUUGUUCUACAGCCUUAUUUACGAGAACUCCUCUCUGCCAAGGAUGCAAGAGGUAUGACACCAUUUAUGUCAGCAGUAAGUGGCCGAGCUUACCCUGCUGCAAUCACUAUCUUAGAAACAGCACAGAAAAUUGCAAAAGCAGAGGCAUCUUCAAGUGAAAAAGAAGAUGAUGUAUUCAUGGGGAUGGUUUGUCCUUCUGGCACAAAUCCUGAUGAUUCUCCUUUAUAUGUCCUGUGUUGCAAUGAUACAUGUAGUUUUACCUGGACUGGAACAGAACACAUUAAUCAAGAUAUUUUUGAGUGCCGAACUUGUGGAUUGCUAGAAUCACUUUGCUGUUGUACAGAAUGUGCAAGAGUUUGUCAUAAAGGGCAUGACUACAAACUCAAGCGGACUUCCCCGACAGCUUACUGUGAUUGCUGGGAGAAGUGCAAAUGUAAAACCCUUAUUGCUGGGCAGAAGUCUGCACGUCUUGAUCUGCUUUACCGGCUGCUCACUACCACUAACCUGGUCACUCUGCCAAACAGCAGGGGAGAACACCUUCUGCUAUUUUUAGUCCAGACUGUGGCCAGGCAAACAGUGGAGCACUGCCAGUAUCGGCCACCUAGAAUCCGAGAAGACCGCAACAGGAAAACUGCAAAUCCUGAGGACUCAGAUAUGCCUGAUCAUGAUUUAGAGCCACCAAGAUUUGCUCAGCUUGCUUUGGAGAGGGUUUUACAGGACUGGAAUGCCCUAAAAUCUAUGAUUAUGUUUGGUUCACAAGAGAAUAAAGAUCCUCUCAGUGCCAGCAGUAGAAUAGGGCACCUUUUGCCUGAAGAGCAAGUAUACCUUAAUCAGCAAAGUGGCACAAUUCGGUUAGAUUGUUUCACACACUGCCUUAUAGUUAAGUGUACAGCAGACAUUUUGCUUUUAGAUACACUGCUCGGCACUCUUGUGAAAGAACUACAAAAUAAAUACACACCUGGUCGUAGAGAAGAAGCUAUUGCUGUAACAAUGAGGUUUCUUCGUUCAGUGGCAAGAGUUUUUGUUAUUCUUAGUGUGGAAAUGGCCUCAUCUAAAAAGAAAAACAACUUUAUUCCACAACCAAUUGGGAAGUGUAAGCGAGUAUUUCAAGCAUUGUUGCCAUAUGCUGUGGAAGAACUGUGUAAUGUAGCAGAAUCCCUGAUUAUUCCAGUUAGGAUGGGGAUUGCUCGUCCCACUGCCCCAUUUACUCUAGCUAGUACAAGUAUAGAUGCCAUGCAAGGCAGUGAAGAGCUCUUUUCUGUGGAGCCUCUACCACCAAGACCGUCAUCUGACCAGUCCAACAGUUCUAGUCAAUCUCAGUCGUCUUACAUUAUAAGAAAUCCUCAACAGAGACGUAUUAGUCAAUCCCAACCUGUUCGAGGCAGAGAUGAAGAGCAAGAUGACAUAGUUUCAGCAGAUGUGGAAGAGGUUGAAGUUGUGGAAGGUGUUGCUGGAGAAGAAGAUCAUCAUGACGAGCAAGAAGAACAUGGGGAAGAAAAUGCUGAAGCAGAGGGUCAGCAUGAUGAGCAUGAUGAAGAUGGGAGUGAUAUGGAACUGGAUUUAUUAGCAGCCGCUGAAACAGAAAGUGACAGUGAGAGUAAUCACAGCAACCAAGAUAAUGCUAGUGGGCGAAGAAGUGUUGUCACGGCAGCUACUGCAGGUUCAGAAGCAGGUGCCAGCAGUGUACCAGCCUUUUUUUCUGAAGAUGACUCUCAGUCCAAUGACUCCAGUGAUUCAGACAGCAGCAGUAGCCAGAGUGAUGACAUAGAGCAGGAAACCUUUAUGCUUGAUGAACCGCUGGAAAGAACCACAAAUAGUUCUCAUGCUAAUGGUGCUGCCCAGGCACCCCGCUCUAUGCAGUGGGCUGUACGCAACACCCAAAAUCAGAGAACUACCAGCACAACUCCUUCCAGUACAUCAGCACCAGCAGCCAGCUCAGCAGGUUUGAUUUAUAUUGAUCCAUCCAACUUACGCCGGAGUGGUACCAUCAGUACAAGUGCUGCAGCUGCUGCAGCUGCUCUUGAAGCCAGCAAUGCCAGCAGCUACUUAACAUCUGCAAGCAGUUUAGCAAGGGCAUAUAGCAUUGUCAUCAGACAGAUCUCUGACUUGAUGGGUCUUAUUCCUAAAUACAACCACCUUGUAUACUCUCAGAUCCCAGCAGCUGUGAAACUGACUUAUCAAGAUGCAGUAAACUUACAGAAUUAUGUAGAAGAAAAAUUGAUUCCCACAUGGAAUUGGAUGGUCAGUAUUAUGGAUUCUACAGAAGCCCAGUUGCGUUAUGGUUCUGCAUUAGCAUCUGCUGGUGAUCCUGGGCAUCCAAACCAUCCUCUUCAUGCUUCUCAGAAUUCAACCAGGAGAGAAAGAAUGACUGCUCGUGAGGAGGCCAGUUUAAGAACACUGGAAGGCAGACGGCGUGCCACUUUACUUAGUGCCCGCCAAGGAAUGAUGUCUGCUCGAGGUGACUUCUUAAAUUACGCCCUUUCUUUAAUGCGAUCUCAUAAUGAUGAACAUUCUGAUGUUCUUCCUGUUUUGGAUGUUUGUUCACUGAAACAUGUAGCAUAUGUUUUUCAAGCCCUUAUUUAUUGGAUUAAAGCAAUGAACCAACAGACAACCUUGGAUACACCUCAACUGGAACGUAAAAGGACACGGGAGCUCUUGGAACUAGGUAUUGACAAUGAAGAUUCAGAGCAUGAAAAUGACGAUGACACCAAUCAAAGUGCUACAUUAAAUGAUAAAGAUGAUGAUACUCUUACUGCAGAAACUGGGCAGAAUCAUCCAUUUUUCCGACGAUCAGAUUCCAUGACAUUCCUUGGAUGUAUACCUCCAAAUCCUUUUGAAGUACCUUUGGCUGAAGCCAUCCCUUUGGCUGAUCAGCCACAUCUACUACAGCCAAAUGCUAGAAAAGAGGAUCUUUUUGGCCGCCCCAGUCAGGGUCUCUAUUCAUCAUCUGCCAGUAGUGGGAAAUGCUUAAUGGAAGUUACAGUGGAUAGAAACUGCCUUGAGGUUCUUCCAACUAAAAUGUCUUAUGCUGCCAACCUGAAAAAUGUAAUGAAUAUGCAAAAUCGGCAAAAGAAAGAAGGGGAAGAACAAAAUUUGCUGACAGAAGAAUCUGAGAGUUCAAAGCCAGGGCCAUCUGCUCAUGACCUUGCAGCACAAUUGAAAAGUAGUUUGUUGGCUGAAAUAGGAUUGACGGAAAGUGAAGGGCCUCCUUUAACAUCAUUCAGGCCUCAGUGCAGUUUCAUGGGAAUGGUUAUCUCUCAUGAUAUGUUGCUAGGACGUUGGCGCCUUUCUUUAGAGUUAUUUGGCAGAGUAUUCAUGGAGGAUGUUGGAGCAGAACCUGGAUCAAUUCUCACUGAAUUAGGUGGUUUUGAAGUAAAAGAAUCAAAAUUCCGUAGAGAGAUGGAAAAACUGAGAAAUCAGCAAUCAAGAGAUUUAACAUUAGAGGUUGAUCGAGAUCGAGAUCUUCUUAUUCAGCAGACUAUGAGACAGCUUAACAACCAUUUUGGUCGCAGAUGCGCUACUACUCCAAUGGCUGUACAUAGAGUAAAAGUCACAUUCAAGGAUGAACCAGGAGAGGGCAGUGGAGUGGCACGAAGUUUCUAUACUGCUAUAGCACAAGCUUUUUUAUCAAAUGAAAAACUGCCAAAUCUAGAUUGUAUUCAAAAUGCCAACAAGGGUACACAUACCAGUUUGAUGCAGAGAUUAAGGAACAGAGGGGAGAGAGAUCGGGAAAGAGAACGAGAAAGGGAAAUGCGGAGAAGUAGUGGCUUGCGAGCAGGUUCCCGAAGAGAUAGAGACAGGGAUUUUAGGAGACAGCUUUCCAUUGACACAAGGCCUUUCAGGCCAGCAUCUGAAGGCAAUCCUAGUGAUGACCCUGAUCCUCUUCCAGCACAUCGUCAGGCACUGGGCGAGAGGCUUUACCCCCGGGUUCAAGCAAUGCAACCAGCAUUUGCAAGUAAAAUUACAGGUAUGCUUUUGGAAUUGUCCCCUGCUCAGCUGCUACUUCUACUAGCAAGUGAGGACUCUUUGAGAGCAAGGGUAGAUGAGGCUAUGGAACUUAUUAUUGCACAUGGAAGGGAAAAUGGAGCUGAUAGUAUCCUAGACCUUGGGUUACUAGACUCUUCAGAAAAGGUGCAGGAGAAUCGAAAACGACAUGGCUCCAGUAGAAGUGUAGUAGAUAUGGAAUUAGAUGAUACUGAUGAUGGUGAUGAUAAUGCUCCAUUGUUUUACCAGCCUGGGAAAAGGGGGUUUUAUACUCCAAGACCUGGCAAAAACACAGAAGCAAGGUUAAAUUGUUUCAGAAAUAUUGGCAGAAUCCUUGGACUCUGCUUGCUACAGAAUGAACUGUGUCCUAUCACAUUGAAUAGGCAUGUAAUUAAAGUAUUGCUUGGUAGAAAAGUUAAUUGGCAUGAUUUUGCAUUCUUUGAUCCUGUUAUGUAUGAAAGUUUGCGUCAACUUAUCCUAGCCUCACAGAGUGCAGAUGCGGAUGCUGUUUUUGCAGCAAUGGAUUUGGCAUUUGCAAUAGACCUGUGCAAAGAAGAGGGUGGAGGACAGGUUGAACUAAUUCCUAAUGGUGUAAAUAUACCCGUCACCCCUCAGAAUGUAUAUGAGUAUGUACGGAAAUAUGCUGAGCACAGAAUGUUGGUAGUUGCUGAGCAGCCUCUACAUGCAAUGAGGAAAGGUCUGCUGGAUGUCCUUCCAAAGAAUUCAUUAGAAGAUUUAACAGCAGAAGAUUUUAGACUUUUGGUAAAUGGUUGUGGUGAAGUUAAUGUGCAAAUGUUGAUCAGCUUCACUUCUUUCAAUGAUGAAUCAGGAGAAAAUGCUGAGAAACUCUUACAGUUCAAGCGGUGGUUUUGGUCAAUAGUGGAGAAGAUGAGCAUGACAGAACGGCAAGACCUUGUUUACUUUUGGACAUCAAGCCCAUCAUUGCCUGCCAGUGAAGAGGGAUUUCAGCCUAUGCCGUCAAUCACAAUAAGACCACCAGAUGACCAACAUCUUCCUACAGCAAACACUUGCAUUUCUCGACUUUACGUCCCACUUUAUUCCUCUAAACAGAUUCUUAAACAAAAAUUGUUACUCGCCAUUAAGACCAAGAAUUUUGGUUUUGUGUAGAGUAUAAAAAAGUGUGUAUUGCUGUGUAAUAUUACUAGCUAAGUUUUGUAGAUUUUUCCAUUUGUCUAUAAAAGUUUAUGAAAGUUAAUGCUGUCAUACCCCUGGUGGUACUUUAAUGAUUAAAUGCAAACAUUCCUAUACCAAGUUUGUAACCUAUAGGUCUAAGGAGCACUAGCAACAUUUGUCUGUAACUGUUUGCUAGUCAAUAACUUCUUGGCCUAACCCCAGCCAAAGAUGACAGCAGAACAAUAUAAUUUACACUGUGAUUUAUCUUUUUGCUGAGGGGGAAAAAUGUAAAAUGUUCUGAAAAUUCACUGCUGCCUUUGUGGAAAGUGUUUCAGCAAAGGUUCUUGUAUAGAGGGAGUAGGGAAUUUCAAAAUAAAAAAUUAAGUAUGUUCUGUGUUUUCCUUUUAA